AUGCCUAUUGACCCCAUUCUUUGGGGAUCGCCAGGAGCCUUCGAAGAAACGCCACGCGAUCAUCGGGACGAAGUCGAUGUGGAGGAGGACCUGUAUCCUUACUGCAUCGUUUGGACGCCCAUCCCGGGAUGCACCUGGUGCUUUCCCUUCAUUGGUCACAUGUGCAUCGGCACAGCAGAUGGCCAGGUCAUGGAAUUUAUGGGCUUUGGAGCCACCAAAGCACCUAAAGGCGGCCUAUCUUUUGGCCCCGUCUGCCGAUAUGUGCAGCUGAGAAAGGAUCGAGUUCGCAGGGGAACGUGGAACGAGGCCAUCCACAAGGCCAUGGCCCAAGCCACUGGACGCCCACACGGUGGCUGCAUCUCCAACUGCAGCCUGGUGCAACGGCAGAAAUGGGGAGGUGGCAGUGAAGAUUUUCAAUCAAUGGAUGUGUUUAUUUCAGAAAAUUUGAAUUGCAUAUGGAAUGUUAUUUGA